AUGACUCGUCCAUUGCAAUUGGUGCUAAAUGCAAUAGUUCUGCUGUCCGUGAGUCGUGCGGCCAUAGCUGAGGCACAGCUGGUUGCUGAGCCAGGUGGCAAUGCCACAAGAGCCGUGACAAGGUUACUCAGUCGCCAGAAGCGAUAUCUGGCAUUUCCGGAGGGCUCUUCGGUUUCGGCGGCGAUUUGCCUAACCAUUGGCAUGAUUGGCAAUCCCGAUGUGGACUAUCUCAGCUGGGCCGUCAACUGGGGCGUUGCGUACGACCUGCCCAAUCAUAAUUGGGUUAUACAGAAUGCCCAUGGCUUCACCAAUCUCACCAAGCCCAUGCUGCAGCGACGCUCGAGGCGCAGUUUCUACGACGAAAUUCAGUCCGCAUUCGAUCACAUGGGCUUCAAUGGACGCGCUUGUGUGGCUCGUGCUCUGUGCGAGAGCGCCAAGUACCUGCAUGCUCCCGGCCAGCGUGGCAACAUGCUGGAGGAGCUGGUCCACGCCGUGCUUAGCAUGCCCGCGUCGCCAGUGAUGGACCAUGAGCCGCGGGCGCAUCACCACUACGACCGCAUCUACAGGCGCUCCAAGCGACAGCCGCGCGACUGCAACGAACUCUAUCCGGGCUGUCACUUUUCGCUGCUGGCCCUGGCUCUGGGUAAAUAUGUGGCAGCUCCAGCGCAGCUUACCAAGUUCAAUUUUAUGUGAAGAACAAAAAUAAACGUGA